ACAAGUGGCUUCACACCCAAAGCCAACGUCUGUGGAGAACAGCUCACAGAUAUAAUAUAGUAAUAUUACAAAAUUUUAUUCACAGCUUUGAAACAAAAUAAUCGCAACUUUGUUGAGCUUUAGAGUAAGAAACGAACAGAACUUGUUAUUUUUCUUUUAAAAAAAGAUACUUUCACAGCUAAAUAAUUAUCAGAGGUAAAUAUCUCUGGAAUAAAGUAAAACGGUUUAUAUUAUAUUUUAUUCGCGGCGUGGUGAAGACUAAAGGACUUUGUCGUCAUUGCUGUGAGUGUCUCUUGCUACAUGAUGUCGUCCCACGCGUUUCUGCUCAGCCUGGUGGCUGCGGCGGCCCUAUGUUUGCUUCUACCCGGGGUGAUUUCUGUGCCCCUGUCUGGUGGAG